AGAGAGAGAGAGAGAGAGCGCGGUGUGCGGAGCAGCAGUGCAGUGCGGUCGGCGGAGUGGAGCGUGUGCGGAGCGGAGCUGAAACGGAGGGAGAGAUGAUGGAGAGCAGAGAGACGGAGGGAGAGACGCUGCAGCGCUCACCCAGCACACUCUCCAUCACACACUCCUCUAAGUUGCUGCGUUUGAAGCGCUCUCUCUCCUUCAUGCGCAGUAAAAGUGUGGAGAAUUUUUUCCAGCGCUCCUACAGUGAUGUCCGGGUUCCCCCAGACUUCCUCUCUGACCCGCCGCCUCCGUCUCCGCCCCUGCCGGGGUCACCAAUGCCUAGCGACGGCUCUGCCAACCCGUCCCCCUCUGUCAGCCCCAAACCCUCUUUAAGCCCCUCCUCCUCUUCGGUCCUGCAGCCCCGUCUAACCCAAACACACUGCUUUCUGGACUACGUCUUCCGCCGGCCAACCAGCUGCCAGCUCUGCAAACACGUCAUUGUGGGGAAUUCUAAGCAGGGCCUGCGCUGCAAAACCUGCAAGAUAGCAGCUCAUCUGUGGUGCACCUCAGAACUCUCACAGCAGCCAUGCCAGGGCAAAGCUGGAAUGUUCAAGAGGAACUUCAGCACUCCUCAGCUGGCCAGCGAUCAGCCGAGCGCAGUGAAGGACACUCAGAGCACACAAGAUGCGCGAGGGCGAGUGGACCCCAUCUACGCCACGCUACGAUACGGAACGUCUUUGGCUCAGAUGAGCCGGUCCAGUUUCGGGAGUGUGUGUGAGUCUCCCACUCGUAGCCUGGGUGAUGGAGGGGACGAGAAGGUGGAGGGAGAGAUGGAGACGGAGGAAGGGCCAAAUGAAGACAUGGAGAAUGAUCUUCCUCCUUCAGAGAACGUGAAGCCUGAAGUGGAGGACACAGUAAAGGUUCCUAAAGUUCACGCUAUCCACACUUACGUUGCCCUCUACAAGUUUCUGCCCCAAGAACAAAAUGACCUAGGACUACAUCCUGGUGACAGGGUGCAGGUCACUGACGACUCUAAUGAAGAGUGGUGGAAGGGUAAAAGUGGAGACAGGGUGGGCUUCUUCCCUGCUAAUUUUGUCCAGCGAGUGCGUCCAGGUGAGCGAGUGUGGAGGGUCACUCAGGCUGCCCAAGGAAACCGACAACUGGGUCACAUGGCUGUUAAGGAAGAUCAGAUCUGUGUGGGGAAGAAUGAGGACAGUGAAGGAUAUCUAAAGCUGUGCAGUGGGAGAAAACGAGGACUGGUGCCCACCCGCUCUCUGGAGGAAAUCUGACAUUCUGGACGAGCUUCAGGCUUGCAUUUCAGACUUUACUGUCCCAUAUCCUCAAAAACACCUUACCCAACAGUGGUGAUCCAGUGUUAACCUAACAGUGGCCCAGUGGUAACUCACCAGUGACCCAAUGGUCACCCGUGGUAACCCAACAGUGACCUAAUGGUGACCCAGCGGUGACCCCAUGGUAGCACACCAGUGAUCCAUUGGUCACCCAAUCGUAACCCAACAGUGACCCAGUGGUAGCCCAACAGAUAGCCAAAGGCAACCAAACAGCAACCCAAGUUAGACCCAACGUCAACCCAAAAGCAACACGAUGGUGACACAACGGCGACAGUGACCCAAUGUUGACCUAAAGGUAACCCAGCAGCAGUCCGACGGUGACAGAGUGGUAAUCCAGCAAUGACCCAAUGUUGACCCAAAGGUAAACCAACAG